AUGGCGAGUGGCGGCACCGACCAGGACUUCGAUGCACGACUUGCAUUGCUUCCUCAGGAGCUAAAAGACAUCAUCCAAAUCUUCACCCUCACCAUCAAUGCCGGCAAAGUCUCCUUCACCAAAAAUUACAAGCCACUGAACCAGCUUCAAGUCAAUCAAGCUUCGAGGAAGUUACUACCGGACUUCUACACCAACACGACCUUCUGCUUCAAGCACGUGGAUCUUCUCGACAAGUGGCUGCGCAAUACCGGACCGACCUAUCGAGACAUGCUACCGUCAAUCCACUACACACCCAGCUUCUGGAAAAGGGAUCGAGAUGUGGGCUACGACUGGGACUACAUCGGUCACUCAACUGCAAACCACUUCUUGAAUGUUGGCAUCGCUAUUAAUCCGGCGGUGCUGGUGAUAGUAUGUGCAAAUGGUCACAUCAAAACAACCGCCCGAGAGGCCAUCUUCCGGCAACAAGCGGCUCUAGGCAGUCUGUUGCUUGGUGUGGAUCGGGAGGUGCAUGGAAUUUGA